UGCCUGCCUCUCUGCCUACUUGUGAUCUCUCGCUGUCAAAUAAAUAAGUAAAAUCUUUAGGAAGAAAAAAAAAAAGAGUACGUUAUCGAGCCAGGUGCCUGCUCACAUUUAGACACCAAACCGAAUUCCUGAAAGAGAGCUGAACCAGUUACCCCCCGAGCUUCAUGUCCAGUAAGGACACCCUUCCAGCGGUUCCAGUACAAUUCUUAGAGGUGUCGUUAAUGCUUCACCUUACCCACUCAGGUCAGUCCAUUAGACACCCAGAUAACUGCCUUGGCCUCCCCUGCCACCUCGGUCCAGGCACCACCGGGUCAUUGUUGAUGACUGGAUUGUUGCUGUAGACUCCUAGCUGGUCUGGGCCACAGUCCUGUCUCAGCUGCCGUGUUGCUGCAGGCUCCUAGCUGGUCUCCCAGCUUCCGCCGUCCCAUGCCUGCUAGGAUCCAUUCUCAGCAUCGGAGCUAGAGUGAUCCUUUAGAAACAUAGUUCGGGUCCUUGUCAUUUUCCUGCCAGAAUCUUCCAGCGACUGCCCAUUUCACCUGUGGUGGAGAGCUCGGUUUUCCUGUGCUCACUCAGCCCCGCAGCGUCUUAGCCGCUCCCUGCUCCAGCCCUGCCCUGACCAGCUCUUCCCUCCGCGUGCAGUGCUUGUCCCUUGGGAUUUUCGUGGCCCCCUUGCCUUCUCCAGACCUUCUUGAGUGGCAUUUUGUUGAAUGAGCGAAUAGAUGUGUGACUUGCGAAGUUCUGGUACAGUUUGUAGUGUGUCUUCAGUGUAAAUCCCGUGUUCCCGUUUGCGCCUCCCCAGAGCAUCCUGCGGUAGCUGCGGCUCUCCCUGUUUGCGGUGGGCGACACCGAGGUGGGCUAGCCCGCAGCGCUGACGUCACAACCCUCUUGACCCCGGCUCAUGGGGGGGAGUAGGAGCACGGUGUGCGCGCUUGUGCGUGUGGACCUGAGCACGUGUGACUGGGACUGACAUUUUCCACUCCGUCCUAGUCAGUUUAUGAUGUUAAUUGCUAGUUUCUAAUCACUAAACUUUUAAGAGACCCUUUUUGAAAAAUACUUGUCCGUGCUAUUAACGCUCCAUCUGUGGCUUUUUCCUGUGGCAGCAUCUGAACUGGGUUUCUCAUGGCAGUUAGCGCUCUAAACAGCAUGUGGUGCGCAGCCGAGCUGUAAAUGGGGCCUCACAAGUUGUUUGCUUCUCUGCUGGCCUCUGGGAGAGAUGAUCGGGCGAGCAUAAGUAAACGCGAUCCUGGAGACAUGUAGCAGGGUUGAGGGGAAGUUAAAAUGGCUAACGGGAAAGGAAGGACAAAGCUCUCUAUCAAGCAGCGGCAAACAGAGGAAUUAAAAUUUGGCGCUGCUCUGAAGCCAGCUCAGGUCGGAAUGAGCAGAAACUCCGUGCGCUCUGACCAAGGCGUCUGCUUGGGGACAUUGUCCCUGAUUGUGGUUGUGUCUCGGAGCCCAUUAAAUUCAGUCAGCGCCAUAGUGGGGGAGUCAGAAGAGCAGGAGAGAAGUUCGUGCACCAUGCUUGGUCGUUACAGGCCCAUGGCCCAGCACACGCUUCUUCGUGGGCUCUUCGGAAGAGUCCGCGUGCUGGCGGACCAGCAGAGGCUGAGCCUUUGAAACCAGAGAACUUGCCUGUGUCCUGGGUGCCGAGAUUCUUCCGUGUUUUUAAAGGUCUGGUGAGACGACCCCCCCUGCAACCCAGGGGUCCCAGUUCACAUGGUGGAUAAGUGCCUCCCGCGAUAAGACUGACUUCCUUUCAGAAUCCCGGCCUUAACAGCUCUGGCUCUUCGUGCUUCCUCUCCGGAGAGAAAGGGCUAGAACCAAGCCUCAAGCAGAUGGGACCCCUAAUGUGCAGACCUCUCCUUGCAAACCGUGCUUCUGCCCAGCCGCCGAGGCCCGGCAGCCCCCCGCUGGUAUGAGAGCACCGGAGCCGCUCAGCCAGUGACCGGCGCGCCCUGCAAGCGCCGAGCCCCCUGCGGCCGCUCCUCGUGCUGUCCAAGUGGGCGCCCGCGAUGGAGGGGCUGCUGCACUACAUCAACCCGGCCCACGCCAUCUCCCUGCUGAGCGCCCUCAACGAGGAGCGCCUCAAGGGGCAGCUGUGCGACGUGCUCCUGAUCGUGGGCGACCAGAAGUUCCGAGCGCACAAAAACGUCCUGGCCGCCAGCAGCGAGUACUUCCAGACGUUAUUCACCAGCAAGGACAGCGAGUCCCAGACCGUCUUCCAGCUGGACUUCUGCGAGCCGGACGCUUUCGAUAACGUCCUGAACUACAUUUACUCCUCGUCCCUGUUCGUCGAGAAGAGCAGUCUGGCGGCCGUGCAGGAGCUCGGCUACAGCCUCGGGAUUUCCUUCCUGACCAACAUCGUCUCCAGAACCCCUCAGGCCCCCUUUCCGACGUGUCCCAACAGGAAGAAAGUACUCCUCGAGGAUGAUGAAAGCAGUUCGCAGAAGAGAAGCGUCAUCGUCUGCCAGAGUCGAAACGAAGCCCAGGGCAAAACUGGGAGUCAGAACCAGCCCGACCUAAGCCACACGGCCCGGCCCUCCCCAAGCACCGCCAUCAAGACUGGCCCCGGUAAGCCCCACGUCCCCAAACCGGCCGAGCCGCUGCCCGGCUCGCCGCUGGCCGAGAAGGGCUGGCCAAGAGACGGCUCUGUGGGCUUCGCGAAGGCGGCGGAGCGCGCGGGGCCUCUGGAGGACCCCGGCAGAGGCGGGCUGGGGACGCGGAGCGCGCCGCUGUCUUCCAGGCCCCCGCAGGACAGGGAGGCCGCGGACGAUAAACUCCCCAAAGGCAAAGCCAUCGAGCUGGCUCUGAAGAGACCGCGGCCGCCGGUGUUGUCCCUCGGAAGCGCGUCGGAGACCCCCUAUGUGCUGAAGGAGACGCACAAAGGAGGGGGUCCAGGCGAAGACAGGAACCUGCUGUACUACUCCAAGCUGGGGCUGGUGGUCCCGUCCGGCGGCGCAGGGCCUGGGAAGCCCAGCAUCGACAGGAGCGGCCCGCUCGUCAAGAGUCUGCUCCGACGCUCGUUGUCCAUGGACAGCCAGGUGCCCGUCUACUCGCCCGCCAUAGAGCUCAAGUCUUCCCAGGGGCCCUCUUCUGGGGCGGGCGAGGUGCCGGGGAGUGUGUUCUGUGCCCUGUCUCAGAAGUCGUCUCUGAAGGAGUGCGGGGAGAAGGCGGCCGUCGACGAGCGGAGCCCCGCGCCCCAGCCGCACCGCCUCAGGUCCUUCAGCGCCUCGCAGUCCACGGACAGGGAGGGCGAGCCGGCCGUGACCGAGGUCCGCAUCAAGACGGAGCCCCGCAGCCCGCUGUCCGACCCCUCUGACAUCAUCCGCGUCACCGUGGGAGACCCGGCCGCUGCCGCCAGGGACCUCUCCCUGAAAACCGAAGACGACCAGAAGGACAUGAGCAGGCUCCCGGCAAAAAGAAGGUUCCAGGCGGACCGGAGGCUGCCGCUGAAGAAGGUGAGGGAGGCGGAGCACGGGUCUCCGGCGUCCGAAGACAGCUUCGAGGAGGCCUCCAGCCCCCCGCUCCCCGAUGCAGAGUUUCCAGAUUCUGACUUGAACAAAGAUGAAUUCGGUGAGUUGGAGGGAACAAGACCCAACAAAAAAUUUAAGUGCAAACAUUGCCUUAAGAUCUUUAGAUCAACGGCGGGUCUUCACCGGCACGUUAACAUGUACCAUAACCCAGAGAAGCCCUACGCUUGCGACAUCUGUCACAAGCGGUUUCACACCAACUUCAAAGUGUGGACACACUGUCAGACCCAGCACGGCAUAGUGAAGAACCCAUCACCGGCCUCUAGUUCACAUGCCGUUUUGGAUGAGAAAUUCCAAAGGAAGCUGAUUGACAUAGUGCGAGAGAGAGAGAUUAAGAAGGCCCUGAUCAUUAAGCUGAGGCGCAGCAAGCCUGGCUUUCAGGGCCAGAGUAGCUCCCAGGCCCAGGCCAUCAAGAGGAACCUGCGGUCGCGAGCCAAAGGAGCGUACGUCUGUUCGUACUGCGGAAAAGCCUACCGCUUCCUCUCGCAGUUCAAGCAGCACAUAAAAAUGCACCCGGGAGAGAAGCCCGUUGGCGUCGGUAGGGCCGCCAAGCCCAGAGAGCACGUCUCUCUCGAGAGGCCGGUAGAGAACAAGGAGGUUUACCAGUGCCGCCUCUGUAAUGCUAAGCUCUCUUCUCUUCUAGAGCAAGGAAACCACGAGCGCUUGUGCAGGAACGCCACCGUUUGCCCCUACUGCAGCCUUAGGUUUUUCUCGCCCGAGCUGAAGCAGGAGCACGAGGGCAGGUGUGAGUACAAGAAGCUGACGUGCCUCGAGUGCAUGCGCACCUUCAAGUCCUCCUUCAGCAUCUGGCGGCACCAGGUCGAGGUCCAUAACCAGAACACCAUGGCGCCGGCCGAGAACUUCUCCUUACCCGUCCUGGAGCACAACGGGGAUGCGACGUCCGCCGCCAGGCCCCCGGCGCAGCCCGAGCCCCACAGGGCCAACCACGCGGUCACUGCCAAAGACGACAACACCUUCAGCGACUGCUCGGAGCAGGUGAACUUCGACUCGGAGGACUCCUCCUGUCUGCCCGAAGACCUCAGCCUCUCCAAGCAGCUCAAGAUCCACGUCAAGGAGGAGCCCGCCGAGGAGGCCGAGGAGGAGGCCCCCGAGGCCCGCGCCGCCCCCAAGGACGCCGGCUCCAGCAAGGACGCCAGCCUGUGGCCCUGCGAGAAGUGCGGCAAGACGUUCACGGCGCACAAGCAGCUGGAGCGGCACCAGGAGCUGCUGUGCUCCGUGAAGCCCUUCAUCUGCCACGUGUGCAACAAAGCCUUCCGCACCAACUUCCGGCUCUGGAGCCACUUCCAGUCGCACAUGUCUCAGGCCACGGAGGACUCGGCGCAUAAGGACUCGGAGGCUUGCCCCGUGCCCACAAACUCUCCGUCCCCACCCCCGCUGCCCCCGCCUCCGCCGCUGCCCAAGAUCCAGCCCCUGGAGCCCGACAGCCCCACGGGUGUGGCCGAAAACCCCGCGCCCGCCGCAGAGAAACUGUUUGUGCCCCAGGAGUCCGACACGCUCUUCUACCACGCGCCCCCCCUUUCUGCGAUCACCUUUAAGAGACAGUUCAUGUGUAAACUGUGCCACAGGACAUUCAAGACGGCUUUCAGCCUCUGGAGUCACGAACAAAGCCACAACUGAAAGGCCGGCCCUUCUCACCUGUCGCGGAAGGGGCGGUGGUCUCCAGAGUGCGACCUUAAUUGGAAAUGUGCAUCAGAAGCGAGAUAUUUUUCAAAAGAGAAUAAUAAAGCUUGGAAAUUGUUACGCUUGAAUAGAAGUUGGAGGUAAAUUGAUACUAAUUAGUGAUGAUGUCCUCACUCAGCCUAGGAAGACUAAAAUCUGUCGUGCGUCGGGCGUUUCCGUCACGGGAUGAUUGGACUUCAUUCCUGUUGAAACUUGACUGAUUUCACUUGUUUGCAUGGUUCCUCAUUCCACGGUGUCAGUAUAAUCUUCUCCCGGAGGUGGUCUUGGUUUUUUACCGAUUCACAGUCAGUGAAAUACGGUUCAAGUAUUUCUUUUGAUUCUGUCAGACGCCUAAGUUCUAGUUCAAUCUCGGCCACGUUCCGAAGGCCACGGCGUGUCGGGAGCAAGUGAGUAUAGUUGGCGGCCUCCAGUUAGAUCUUAGGGUACUUUAGCAAUAAAACAAUGAUAAGCCUCAACUUUAUUAAUAAGUUAUCCUGACACUUGAUAACAAUAAAUAUUUGGUAUUUUGUGGUCCUGUAAAAAAAUUUUUUGUAUGAAAACAGUGAGAAAUUUAAAUCAGCAAUAGGAAUAUUUAGAUUUUUACAAAGUAACAAAAGCUUGCUCUUGGGUCAUUUACCAUAACUCAUGAUGGAAGAUUUGGGAAAUGAACACGUGAGGGUUUCUGGGAGGCCUCCAAGCCCGUUAACUAAAGCUUCUGUGGCGACAGGCGUGGUCAUCGCGACCACUGUGCCAUGAGCACGGGCCUCUGGUCUCAGCUCUGACCGGCGCUGGAAGGGCUGGCGGGUUCGGUCUCCUCCGGUUCGUGCUGUCACCAGUGGGGACAUCUGAGUGCGUCGGGGGCAGACAAGAAAGGUAGUAUGAGGCACGCACUCCUUUUGAGUUGAAUUGUGUUAGCGGAAUAGUGAAGGUUGGGACAUACGCUUAGGUACCUUGGUCCCACGCCCCCAGUCCGGACAUCUGCUGUGAGUCCCGAGUCAGCACGGAAUCCCCGAGAUGGGCCCCGGGGGAAAACCCCACGCAGGGUCUCCACGCGCUCUCGACCAGUGUUCGUAGUGUUCCAUUUCCUGCCUCCGUUUCUGUUAGGAUUUGUUGGAGUUCGCUGGGGUGAGAUGUCCUUAGUGCGGCCGUCCUGCUCCGAGUCACUGCUUUAGCGUUUCGUAAAUCUGUGUCAAAGCACUAUCGAGGGUCCAAAAUGAGUUUCGCUACCUAUUUCGGCCCAUAGGGUGUGGGCUGCCGUUUUUUUUCUAGUUUGUAUAAGUUGUAAUUAAAAGGCGCUUGUAGGCGUUACGCAGAGCUCAGCGGGUAUUUCUAAAGGGAAGACUCUUUCACUGGUACAGGCGAGGGGUUAGGUAUGAGCAAGGGGAGAUACUGUUCAGACCGCAAAAUCUUCCCAAGCCAGUACUAUAUGGAUGAAGGCUCCCAAGUUUAUUAAGUUCUUUUUUUUUGCAAGCUCUUCUCUCAAAAAAAAAAAAAAAAAAAAAAAAAAAAAAAUUACUGUGACUAAGAAAUAAUUUACUGAGUACUUCAGUGUGUACCGCUGUAGCAGAAAAGAGCUCCGUCCUGCUCUGUCUUGUCCCCCACAUCCCGCGCCAGCGGUAGGAAAGACUCUCUCAACUUCUGAUCGAGACGCAAGCAUUUUCAUAAAAUGCUGACUGGCUUUGCAGAUCAGAGAAAUCGCAUGUGAAAUUUUGCCUUUUGUUGUUUUCAUGUGAAAACUAUGACAAGUCACAAAAUAUCUGAGUGGCCCCUUCCUAAUUUUGUUCUUACCUAAAUUUGCUGGAGAAAGGAAAAAACGAAGCUGCAGUAACUACUUAUUGCCCUCUUCAUAUUUUCUUGAAGAAAUCUAUGCAUUUUAAAGAUGAAACUAAAGCGUGUGAUGUUUCAAGAAACAUCUAGGUGGCUUAUUGUUCAUUGACUUAAUUCCCUGCAUAAUGUGCUGUUUUCUUACUCUGAACACCUUGCCAGCUGUCACUUCUUCGAAAAGACAGUCUCCCUCAGAGUAGUCCUUGCUUCUGGCCGUCAGACCGUGUGCGGUAAUUCCACGGCACACGUGAUCUGGGCAUUGUAAAUCCAGUAUCCCAGGACUUGAACCUUUAUGCUACGUUUUUGAAGAUUUUUUAAUAAUGUUAAUCAGUAAAAGAAAAAUAUUUUUGAUCUAAAUACAGGCUCAGCUUAUCUGUUAGAUUUUGAAAAUUGCCAGUGUUUUGUCUCGUUCGUUUCACGUUUUUGUCUAGGCAAGGAGCGUUAAGAUUUCAAAUAAAAUUUUGAACCAAAAACAUUUAUAAUGCAGUUCUGGUUUUUCUAUUACUUUUUUUACUCUACCUUCAAAGCGUCAGGCUGAAAGAGUUUAUUUUGGUGGUCAAUAAAGAAAAUAGGCUUCCACUCAUGUAACUAUUUUAAAAGUUUGGAAGUAAAAUAAUGAAAGACACGCAUCGCUCCGUUUAAAAAUGUUUAUCUCACACAGCGGGCAGACCCUCGGUCUGUGAGACAGGUUGGUCUUUCAUUGUUAGGACUCCGGCUUGUAAAGGUAUUCUCGAAAAUGUUUUUUUCUGAUUAGAAUUAAUUUUUGAAAAUGUAGAAAAUCUCGUUAUUCCUUGUAAGUAUUCAGGCUGCCUUUUUUUACGCAGUUAUGGAAAAGAAUGUAAGAUGUUUUAAUAUAUUCUUUGUUAAUCUGAGAACUUGCUAUUGAAUCAUUUUCUUCGUGUGGGAGAGGGGAAGAGGAAAAACCUAAAACACCUUUUUAUCUAAGUCAGCAAUGGAGAUUACAAAUAGUGUGCAUUUUUUAUAGUAAUAUUUCAACUUUAACAGAAUAUUCACCUUUAAAACUAGUUAUGGCUAGUGUGCAUUUAUUGUUUUAUCAAAAUCUCUAAGAAUUCAACCAUGAUGUCACUUUUGCAUCUGGGGGGCAGGUGUGUGGUUCUCGGUUUUCCGUUCUGGAGCGGAUCCCUAACAGCCUUUUAGAAAACACGCUCCAGUUCCUGUCCAUCAGGAGUGGACUUCCCCACGCACGCACCGCUGGUGCUGACGACGGGAGAAACUGUACGACCAGAAUAAAAGUGCCCUUCUGUGGAGGCAGGGGGUGUCUUCCUCUGCAGGCCAGUGGCCCGUCCAGGGGAGGGAGACAGGAGAAUCCUCGUGUGUGUGUGUGUGUGUGUGUGUGUGUGUGUGUGUGUGUGUGUGUGUGUGUGUCUGUGUACAACCAGAAUCCAGAACCAUAGGAAUUAAAGGCAUUUGAAUUUUCUCACCACAAAAAAUUAAAUGUCAUACAUAGCAGGUUUCUUGAUAAUUGCACUAAUUCAUAUUGGGAUUUUACAAGUCCAUUUUGUUGAUUUCUGAUUCCUCAUAGAUGUUUUUUGUAGUAAUUGUGAAAAGUUAUUUAAAUAGUGCUAGUACAUUUAAUAAGUUCUUUAACACUGGCUUUUUUUUUUUUUAAGUUUUAAAAAAAAAAAAUAGGGUUUUCUUUUGCGGCUUUAGCACUUUAAGAAGUUUUAUGUUCCCAUCAUGGUUAACGUGCUUGUUCAGCGCUUCUCUGCGUGUUCGCUUCCGCGUGGCGGGGGACACUGGCUGGUCGCGUUUACGUUCCGGAGGCGGGGGCGUGGGUCGGUGUCAGGGUUUUCAGGAAUUCCAAGAGACCGUUGUUUGGGAACCAAAGCAUUUUACUGUAAAUCUUGAAAAUAAUUGAACUGAGUGCUCUCUAGUCAUUUAUUAGUGCUGUGGUCAAAUUUUCCACAAAGUUACACUUGGUUAAUGUUAAUUUUCAACUGGGGAUAAUUUCUUACUGACAUUAAUCCAAUACCUUAAAACUUUUCAUUGAGUAACACUUACUAUUAAACAAAUGUGGUUAUAAACAGAUUGUGUAUAUUUUGUUGUCAGAUGCGUUUGCAGACUAAAUCAUUGUUUGGUUUUAUUUAGGAAUGAGCUUUGGGGAACUGAAAACUCCUGGUCCGAUAGGAUUUCUAUCUAACGUUAAACCAUUGCUUAUUUGUAUCCAAUUCUGUUGUCC